GUAACAGCUUCAGGUGCGAUGAAGCUCGACAUCGUCCCAACAUAACAUGCUAAAAAUACAAUUUAGAAUGAUCAUGGCUAAGCAUUUGAUUCAUUUUCUUACCAAUCUUCUUAUGUCUUAUACAUUUACAGAAGCAAAAGGCAACUGCGAUACAGGUUUUUGUCAAACAUAUCCCUUCGACAUUUAUGGGGAUGCCUUGCAAGAAAAGGAGCUCGUUGCUCAUGUUUUCUACAAUUCUGUAACUCCAAACCCAGUUCAGUGCUACUUGUGGUGUAUACACGACUGUCGAUGUUUAUCUUUUAACUACAAGGAAAAGAAAGACGCCAGUUACUGCGAGUUGAACGAUGCCAGCAAUUUUACCCACAACAGUUCCCUUGAACGUUCGUCAGGAUCCCGUUACUACAAUCUUAGGAGGAUAUAUCAGCGAAAGCAAGAGAAAUCAUGUACUGAUGACGUCACGUGUGCCAACGGCUGCUGCAAAAACACUCCGUGUCUCAAUGGAGGAACCUGCUCUGAGGUCUGUGAGCCUACAGGCAUUCGGUACAGCUGUUCCUGUGGCGCUGCCUAUGGCGGGAGGCACUGCCAGAAUUCGCUAAAAAACUGUCAGGACCACAAAGCAGCCGGAUCCAAUUCUUCGUUCUUCAUUUGAGGAAAUUCCGAGAAGCUGUCGAAGGCUCUUACGUAACGAUG